AUGAACUGUAAGUUAGUGGAAGUGACCAAGAUGGUACGACAGCGCCUGCAGGCCGAUAUCAUUUCUUACAGCGCCGCCAUCAGUGCCUGUGAGAAGUGUGCAAAGUGGAAAACCUCCAUGGAGAUGGAUGUCAUCACGUACUGCGCAGCCAUUAGUGCCUGCCAGAAGUCGGUAGCUCUGGGCUUAUUCCGAGAAAUGCGCAGUUUCAAGCCCAGCAUUGUGGCGGCAAAUGCGGUCAUCAGCGCCUUUGGAAUGGCUAGCGAAUGGCAGCGGGCACUGACGCAAUUCCGCAGUAGCAGCUACACCCUGAAACCUGAUGUCGUUACCUACGCAGCCGUGAUGACAGCUCUGGAAAAAGCUGUGACUGCAUGUGGGAAUGCAGCACAGUGGAGCAUAGCAAUCUACCUGUUGGAGGAGGCCCAGGCAAGAAUGCUGCAGCCGGAUGUGGUGACGCAUGACGGCGCGCUGGUUGUAAAGCGUGUCAAAGAUCUACCUGGAUAUGAAAUGGCUGCUACAGGGUUCCUGGACAGAGCUGACAGCCUCAGCGUUCUGACAGUGGUGACAUUCAGCGCAGCGAUAAGUGCUUGCGGGAAAUCCAGCCAGUGGAUUGCAGCUCUAGACCUCUUCAGCAGCAUGGAUAAGCGAACUCUGGAGGCCAACGUGAUCACUUUGUCCUCUGCCAUCACUGCUUGUGAGCGGUCCCUGAAGUGGCCUGAAGCACUUGUGCUGAUCGCCGAUGCUCUUUCAACUCAGCUGAAACCAAACACGAUUGCCUACAGCGCGGCCCUUAGUGCUUGUAGUCAAUCGUGGCAAUGGGGAGCUUCCCUAGCACUCCUGGCAUACUUUCAAAGGCGUGCCGUGCGUGCAGAUGUAAGCACCAUGGCUUCUGCUAUAGAUGCAUGCGAAUUCUCUGCCGAAUGGCGUCAGACACCGGAGCUGCUACGGCGGCUGAACCGGGAUGCAUCAUUGCAGAUCCACGAAUUUUCAACAAAAUUGGGAGUUUCUCAAAACUAG